CGUUGCAGUAGCUGUAGGAAGGGGAGGCCAUUUUCCGUUUCUGGGAGGAGUGAGGGGCAACGGGUCGGAGAAAAAGGAAAAAAGAAGGGCUCAGCGCCUCCCCGCCGGGCCGUGGACAGAGGGGCACAGUUUCGGCAGGCGGGUGAGGUCGCUGAGGGCCCGCCGGAGAUGUUUUCCUUGUCGAGCACGGUGCAACCCCAGGUUACAGUUCCUCUGAGUCAUCUCAUCAAUGCCUUCCAUACACCAAAAAACACUUCUGUUUCUCUCAGUGGAGUGUCAGUUUCUCAAAACCAGCAUCGAGAUGUAGUUCCUGAGCAUGAGGCUCCCAGCAGUGAGCCUUCACUUAACUUAAGGGACCUUGGAUUAUCUGAAUUAAAAAUUGGACAGAUUGAUCAGCUGGUAGAAAAUCUACUUCCUGGAUUUUGUAAAGGCAAAAACAUUUCUUCCCAUUGGCAUACAUCCCAUGUCUCUGCACAAUCCUUCUUUGAAAAUAAAUAUGGUAACUUAGAUAUAUUUAGUACAUUACGUUCCUCUUGCUUGUAUCGACAUCAUUCAAGAGCUCUUCAAAGCAUUUGUUCAGAUCUUCAGUACUGGCCAGUUUUCAUACAGUCUCGGGGUUUUAAAACUUUGAAAUCAAGGACACGACGUCUCCAGUCUACCUCCGAGAGAUUAGCUGAAACACAGAAUAUAGCGCCAUCAUUCGUGAAGGGGUUUCUUUUGCGGGACAGAGGAUCAGAUGUUGAGAGUUUGGACAAACUCAUGAAAACCAAAAAUAUACCUGAAGCUCACCAAGAUGCAUUUAAAACUGGUUUUGCGGAAGGUUUUCUGAAAGCUCAAGCACUCACACAAAAAACCAAUGAUUCCCUAAGGCGAACCCGUCUGAUUCUCUUCGUUCUGCUGCUAUUCGGCAUUUAUGGACUUCUAAAAAACCCAUUUUUAUCUGUCCGCUUCCGGACAACAACAGGGCUUGAUUCUGCAGUAGAUCCUGUCCAGAUGAAAAAUGUCACCUUCGAACAUGUUAAAGGGGUGGAGGAAGCUAAACAAGAAUUACAGGAAGUUGUUGAAUUCUUGAAAAAUCCACAAAAAUUUACUAUUCUUGGAGGUAAACUUCCAAAAGGAAUUCUUUUAGUUGGACCCCCAGGGACUGGAAAGACACUUCUUGCCCGAGCUGUGGCGGGAGAAGCUGAUGUUCCUUUUUAUUAUGCUUCUGGAUCCGAAUUUGAUGAGAUGUUUGUGGGUGUGGGAGCCAGCCGUAUCAGAAAUCUUUUUAGGGAAGCAAAAGCGAAUGCUCCUUGUGUUAUAUUUAUUGAUGAAUUAGAUUCUGUUGGUGGGAAGAGAAUUGAAUCUCCAAUGCAUCCAUAUUCAAGGCAGACCAUAAAUCAACUUCUUGCUGAAAUGGAUGGUUUUAAACCCAAUGAAGGAGUUAUCAUAAUAGGAGCCACAAACUUCCCAGAGGCAUUAGAUAAUGCCUUAAUACGUCCUGGUCGUUUUGACAUGCAAGUUACAGUUCCAAGGCCAGAUGUAAAAGGUCGAACAGAAAUUUUGAAAUGGUAUCUCAAUAAAAUAAAGUUUGAUCAAUCCGUUGAUCCAGAAAUUAUAGCUCGAGGUACCGUUGGCUUUUCCGGAGCAGAGUUGGAGAAUCUUGUGAACCAGGCUGCAUUAAAAGCAGCUGUUGAUGGAAAAGAAAUGGUUACCAUGAAGGAGCUGGAGUUUUCCAAAGACAAAAUUCUAAUGGGGCCUGAAAGAAGAAGUGUGGAAAUUGAUAACAAAAACAAAACCAUCACAGCAUAUCAUGAAUCUGGUCAUGCCAUUAUUGCAUAUUACACAAAAGAUGCAAUGCCUAUCAACAAAGCUACAAUCAUGCCACGGGGGCCAACACUUGGACAUGUGUCCCUGUUACCUGAGAAUGACAGAUGGAAUGAAACUAGAGCCCAGCUGCUUGCACAAAUGGAUGUUAGUAUGGGAGGAAGAGUGGCAGAGGAGCUUAUAUUUGGAACCGACCAUAUUACAACAGGUGCUUCCAGUGAUUUUGAUAAUGCCACUAAAAUAGCAAAGCGGAUGGUUACCAAAUUUGGAAUGAGUGAAAAGCUUGGAGUUAUGACCUACAGUGAUACAGGGAAACUAAGUCCAGAAACCCAAUCUGCCAUCGAACAAGAAAUAAGAAUCCUUCUAAGGGACUCAUAUGAACGAGCAAAACAUAUCUUGAAAACUCAUGCAAAGGAGCAUAAGAAUCUCGCAGAAGCUUUAUUGACCUAUGAGACUUUGGAUGCCAAAGAGAUUCAAAUUGUUCUUGAGGGGAAAAAGUUGGAAGUGAGAUGAUAACUCUCUUGAUAUGGAUGCUUGCUGGUUUUAUUGCAAGAAUAUAAGUAGCAUUGCAGUAGUCUACUUUUACAACGCUUUCCCCUCAUUCUUGAUGUGGUGUAAUUGAAGGGUGUGAAAUGCUUUGUCAAUCAUUUGUCACAUUUAUCCAGUUUGGGUUAUUCUCAUUAUGACACCUAUUGCAAAUUAGCAUCCCAUGGCAAAUAUAUUUUGAAAAAAUAAAGAACUAUCAGGAUUGAAAACA